AUGUUCUAUACGACUGCUGGCACACUCAAAAAGGAAGACCUUGUCCCUAGUAACUUUAGCUUUGAAAGCACCGUCUCCAAGUUUGAUGGGGAAGAAAAGAGGAUGUUUAUUAGCUUCGUCAACCGGAUGACCAAAUGGAAACCCGAAGAACGAAGUACGACGAAGGAGCUACUACAGGAUGCAUGGCUUCAUAACGAAAAUGAAGAAAGCACAGUUUAG